AUGGAACCUAAUCGGAAGCCAUCCUUCAUGUUCAUCGUCAACUCUAUGAUGGCUUUGGCCUUCUUCUUCUCUUCAAUUGAUGCAAGGAUGUAUUAUGAUAGUAUGAAUUUCGGAACGUUACCUAAGUACACACCAAUUCCUCCAUCUGGGCCGAGCAAAGGUGGACCAGGCGGACCUCCUCUACAUUUCACCGACAUAGAUUUUGGUAUGUUACCCAAAGGACCUGUUCCUCCAUCUGGACCGAGCAAAGGUGGACCAGGCAGACCUCCUUUACAUUUCACCGACAUAGAUUUUGGUAUGUUGCCAAAAGGACCUGUUCCUCCAUCUGGACCAUCGAAACCUCCUACAAUUGUUACAAAAAGAAAUUUAGAUUUUGGCAUGUUACCUAAGUAUACACCAAUCCCUCCAUCUGGGCCGAGCAAAGGUGGACCAGGCGGGCCUCCUCUCACUGGCUAG